UUUGUAACACUAGGUGGCAGCAUUAACAAAAUCAAGUUUUAGUUUGUCUGCAAGGUCAGGGUUCCAGUUGAGUUUUCAUCCCACCAUGUAGUCACACAGGCUGAGAGCAGAUGGAUAUAAUGAGGACUGCUGACCCUCUGACUCGCUCUGAGGUGUUCAGCCAGCUCAGGACGGAGCUCUAUGGAGAGCUUCAUUCCAGUCAUUCCAAGAGCAACAUAUUCAUCAUCCUGGGAGCCUCUGGGGAUCUUGCAAAGAAGAAAAUAUACUCCACUUUAUGGUGGUUGUUCAGAGAUGGCCUGCUUCCACACAACACAUACUUUGUGGGAUAUGCUCGAUCUAACUUGACAGUGGAGGACAUCAGGAAAGCGUGCCUGCCUUACAUGAAGGUGGCCGAUGAAGAGGCCGAUCGCCUCUCGGCCUUCUUCAGCAAGAACUCCUAUUUGAGAGGCAGCUACGAAGACGGAAGCUCGUAUGAUAAACUUAACGCACACUUGUCGUCGCUAGUUGGGGGAGCCGACGCCAACCGGCUCUUCUACCUGGCUCUGCCCCCCACCGUCUACCACCAUGUCUGUGCAAACAUCAGCCAGCACUGCAUGAGCCCCACAGGGUGGAACAGGCUCAUCGUGGAGAAACCUUUUGGACGGGAUCUCAACAGCUCGCAGGAGCUGUCGACCCACCUUGGCUCUCUCUUCAAAGAGGACCAGAUCUACCGCAUCGACCACUACCUGGGCAAGGAAAUGAUCCAGAACCUCAUGGUGCUCAGAUUUGGAAACCGCCUCUUUGGACCCAUAUGGAACAGGAACAACGUGUCAUGUGUGGUGCUCACCUUCAAGGAGCCCUUUGGGACUGACGGGCGUGGAGGAUACUUUGAUGACUUUGGGAUCAUUCGGGAUGUUAUGCAAAACCACCUCCUCCAAAUGCUGUGCUUGGCUACCAUGGAAAAGCCUGCCUCCACCAAGCCAGACGAUGUGAGGAAUGAGAAGGUGAAGGUGUUGAAGUGUAUUGCUCCGGUGGAUGCGUCACAUGUCGUUCUUGGACAAUAUGUGGGGAACCCUGAUGGGGAGGGCCAAUCCAAGUUGGGUUACCUUGACGACCCCACUGUACCUGAAGGCUCCUGCACACCUACGUUUGCCACCGCCGUGCUUUAUGUCCGCAAUGAAAGAUGGGAUGGUGUCCCAUUUAUCCUGCGCUGUGGUAAGGCCCUGAACGAGCGCAAGGCGGAGCUGCGGCUGCAGUUCACUGACGUGCCGGGCGACAUCUUUGCCACGAGCUGCCAGAGGAACGAACUGGUGGUGCGAGUGCAGCCGAACGAGGCCAUCUACCUGAAGAUGAUGACCAAGAGGCCUGGGGUUUCCUUCAGCCCAGAGGAGACGGAGCUGGACCUCACUUACAGGAGCCGUUACAAGAAUGUGAAGCUACCAGACGCUUACGAGAGGCUCAUCCUGGACGUCUUCUGUGGCAAUCAAAUGCACUUUGUCCGAAGUGAUGAGUUACGAGAAGCCUGGAGGAUUUUUACACCUCUCCUCCAUAAAAUGGAAGAACAGAAGACACGCCCCAUACCCUACAAAUAUGGGAGCCGCGGCCCAAGUGAAGCAGAUGAUCUGGUGAAGAAGGUGGGAUUCCGCUAUGAGGGAAAAUACAAGUGGGUACAACCCCACACAUCAUGAUCAAGCAAACAGCUGUUAUUGACAGUAUUACCAACAAUAAAGUUGACGCCAAACCGUCACUCCUGUACUGU